CAUAAUAAAUGUACAUAACACUCAGGAGUGGGUUUACGUGAUUUUUAAUUUUAGUGGGUCCCACUUAAAUGUGUACCUGUGGAAUUUAUCUUGAACAUUUGAAGAUAAACGAUGAAGCCAACGACGGCGGCGGCUUCAACAAUGACUUAUAUUCGAUCUAUUAUGCGGAUGAAACCCCCUCUGUGAAGCCUUCCACCGUUAAAGACGCGAGGAAUUGAAGCAGGUCGCCCAGAAUUUCGUCCAAGAAUUCGACAUAAACACGUUUGUCCAGUUCCAUUGGUUUUGGCCACCUAAUUAUCAGUGAGUACGUGGAAGAUGUUAAUAGAUGUAAAUGACUUGAGAAGGAUCAUUUGAGAAAAUGAAAUCUCGGUAAAACCGUAAAAAAAAAUCCUUUCCGUCACAAUUUUCACUCCACUAGCAAUGGCGGCAUUCUAUCGUCUCUCUCGAAUCAGCCGUCGCCUCCACAAUAUCGCCCGUCGUGACUCUUUUAUCUCCAUCGUGAACUCAUCCUAUUCCAACUGUCCAUCGCCCUCCAAUAAUCCUAACAUAAGUUCUCUCCAUGCUCUUCGCCACUUGUACCAUCUUGCCGGAUUAUCUGGAGACUUUCACCCCAAAAGUCAAUGCCACAGUUUUGGCAGCUCAAUCAGGCCAAUUGGCGCCUACCACGAGCUUCUUCAGAGCUCCGGCUUUUGCUCUGCAGCUUCUGAGAAAAAAGGAGAAGAAAAAUCGAAGAAUUUAAAGCGUACUGAAGGUGAUGGUUCGUGGAUCGAUGUUUAUUUGCCCGAGAAGGCACGUCCUUACGCUCGUCUUGCCCGCCUUAACAAUCAGAUCGGUACUUGGCUCCUGGCCUGGCCCUGUAUGUCAAUUACAAUGGCCGCAGCUCCAGGGAGCCUUCCAGAUGUUAAGAUGAUGAUGCUCUUCGGCACAGGGGCAUUGCUUUUGCGAGGUGCAGGGUGCACUGUUAAUGAUCUACUUGAUCGAGAUAUUGAUACCAAGGUAGAAAGGACAAGGCUGAGGCCCAUUGCCAGUGGUGUCCUAUCACCAUUUCAAGGAACUUGUUUUCUUGGUUUUCAGUUGAUUUUGGGGCUGGGGAUUCUUCUGCAGCUUAACAAUUUUAGCCGUGUGUUGGGAGCUUCAUCGUUGCUGCUUGUUUUUUCGUACCCCCUCAUGAAGAGACUAACAUUUUGGCCUCAGGCCUACCUUGGUUUGACAUUUAACUGGGGAGCUUUACUUGGCUGGGCUGCUGUUAAAGGAAGCCUUGAUCCCACUGUUGUUCUUCCUCUUUAUGCUUCUGGUGUAUUUUGGACCCUUAUAUAUGAUACAAUAUAUGCUCAUCAGGACAAGGAAGAUGAUGUGAAGGUUGGUGUUAAAUCGACAGCCUUAAGAUUUGGGGAUUCAACCAAAGAAUGGAUUCAUAUCAAACAAGUGGUUUGGCGCUAUUGUCUGCAGUGGGAUCCUGUUCGGAAAACUCCUAUCUUGAUGAUGUUAAGAAAGCUCGACCAAAUGAUGAACAAGAAAGGCGCCCAGGAGAGGUAUUUAGAGACUAAGAAAAUUAUUGUACCUCACAUGAUUUUUUGCCAACAUAUUUUUGCUGUCGACCGAACUUACAUAUAGUUUACGAUUCUUUUCUUCUUCUUUUUUAUUUUUUUUGCAUUUUUUUAUUUGUGUGUGGAUUUUUAAAAAUGAUGCUUGUGCCUGCCCUACUGCCUAGCUGUGAUUGUAUCAAGCAGGUAGCCAAUGAGUUAGGUCCCACAUAGUUUUGCUUAAGGAUUAAAUAAUUAUUUGGGAGGUUUUUUUAUUUAAUCAUUGACUUAAUUGCAGAAAGAGCUGAUCUUCAGGAGAGCCAAUAGGAAUCCAGAUUUUUGGAUGUUAUGAAAAAAUAAUCCCUCACAAAUCUAGUCCACAAGAGGUUCACUUAAAGAGAAUAGAAUACUUGGAUUAGAAAUCUGCCUGUGAUUUUGGUAGAUCACAAUCUCUUUUAUAUUGAACCUUUUAUUGUGCUAUUCGAUGUACUUUCUUUUCUUUCUUUUCUGUUUUCCACAAACGAUUAAUAAUUAAAAAAC